AUGCCCCCUCGCGCCCCCAUCAGAUGCCCCCCGAGAACCCUCCUGGCCCCCAGCUCCACCCCGUUCCGCCCCAACCCCCCUCCCGGCAUCGCGUACCGCCUGAGGAGGCCCUUCGCGUCUACAACGCCCGCCACGCCCUCAUCGUCUUCGGACCUGCGACCUGCAACCUCUCCAGAUGAUCCUCCAGUGCCCCAAGUGACUGUGAAUGGGGCAGAAUUUGCUGCUACCGAGCUAGAGGACAUCAAAGGGCUGCUGGACAAAGAGCUCGGCGGUGAUCCUAUAUGGGCCGAAAGGGUGCAGAGUGCGUUGGAUGACUUGUCUUUACAGAGAAGAGGCAGACUGGCAGUAAUCGGGGAUCAAGCUGCUUCGCCAAGAGAGGUCGUGUCUGCCCUUCUGCAGGACCCAUUAGUCGAUGACGCAGCUACGCGUCGAGCCAUAGUCGACAGACAUCAAGACGCCAAUAUCGAAAUAUUUAAUCUCAGCCUUGGAGCGAGACUGCAUCGAGAGCCAGAGUCUUUGGCGGUGUCUUCUUCUUGGCUACAGAACUCGGCGUAUGACAUACUCGAGAUAGACGUGAAUAGACUAGAUCCAGAGUCUGCCAUCUCUUCAGUACUCUCAGCGGACGCUGUGGUCGUCUCGAUUGAUCCCAUUCGCCUCACAUCGGUCCCCGAAAUACAGCGUCUUUUGCCCUUUCUUCUCAAUCACGAGCUGGUGGAGUUUGUGGUCAAUGGACCCCUACCGUCAUCCGUAACCCAAGCAUCCGUCGUCACCCAGUUGACUAAGCAGCUGGGGGAUGUCGCCGACAAGGCUCUGAACGCCCUCGAGUUCCUGGCCAAAGGCUUAGAGCUCACAAGUGCCACCCCUGCAAUGAAAACAACGGCUUUUGAGUCGUUCCAAAAAGACUACCUCCAGUCGCAUAUUGGUCCACUCCAGCACGCCUUGCAUCAAACUCUUCGUGCCAUCCCCAAACCCCAACUGUGUACAGCCCAAAGACUUGCCAAAUUUGCUCUAUCCCACAUUGAGGACGCCAUUCUUCAAGAGCGUGACGUCGUACGUCAAGCUGUCUUGACGGUGUCUGAAUUGCGCCGUACCGCCGAAAACUAUGCCAUUAGAGCCAGGCAUCUGAGCGUGACUACAAAAGGCGUCGAUGGAGCAGUCGUCGAAGGAGAAGUCAAAUACGAGAUGGAGAGAAUAAAGUCACGAAUCGAAAGUAGCUUUCAGGACGAUUUGAGCUGGUUAGGUCUUCUCGGUAGACUGAAAGUCGACGACGUCGCCCUCGAGCUAGGCGGGUUUGUUGGCUCUCGCCUCGCCCUGGAUCUGGAGAGACAGAUCGUUUUUGAGACGGGCCAGCUCUCCCAGCUUCAGCAAUCCCUGUCCUCCUCUUCUGACGAGAUUCUCCGACAACUCGCUCAUCCUAGUCGCCAAAGGCAUAUCUCCGCAGCUACCAGAGGCAACCCUCUUUCCUCUCCCCUUCUGGCAAAUCAUCUUUCUACACUUUCGCUAUCUAUCCCUACCUUGACUCCAGCCCAUCUACUUUCUCCUAUUCUCACCCGACGCAACCAGCUUAUCUCGCAAUCCAUUCCCCGCCUCCAGAUCUCCGCCCAGCGAUCGCUGCUGACGACCUAUUCAACAACGAUCCUAGGUGUGACUGGUAGCUGGAUUGGGUCCGUCGCGCCCCUAGAGCUAUUUUCGACCAGUACAGCGGGAGGAUUGGGUGUCUUGAGCGUGGUCGCUUCGCUGGCAUUGGGCCAGACGCUGUGGGCCAGGGCUCAAAAGAGGUUCUGGAAGGACUGGGAUAGAAUCACGGGAAUGCUAAAAGGAGAUCUGGAGACGAGAUUGGAUACCACACUCAAAACACAUAUACUUGCCAAGCCCUUGGCGACUGCUGAGGGACUGGAGAGACUCAUUACCAAAAGGCAAGAUAGAUUAGAUGAUCUGCAAGCGAGAGCGACCGAGCUUCGAAGCCGGCAGCCGUGA